GCUGGUUUCUCAGAAGGCUCCCCUGCAAAUCUUCACGAAGCUAUAAUGACAACAUCCAAGCGUCUUGCAGAUAAAAAGGUGCAGAGGUUCGAGAAGAACAUCAAGAAACGUGGUUUAGUCCCUGAAACGGCAACAAAGAAGAAAGACUCCUAUCCUGUGGGCCCUAUAGUGCUUGGAUUCUUCAUUUUUGUUGUGAUAGGAUCCUCUUUGUUUCAGAUAAUUCGCACGGCAACGAGCGGAGGCAUGGCUUGAAGUGUUGCUGCUCCUAUUAUUGGUAUUUAUAUGUUGUUAGAGCUGGUAAAACAUGGAUGUUGAAGGAUGAUUCAUUGGUGAGUUUCUUAAUUACGGCUUAUGUUUUAUUACUAUCUAUAAUCAACAACCCUCAUCACUUUUCUUUUUUACUUGCAUAUAUCAUUACUACUAUUGAUGUACAUAAUUGCUAAAAGAAAGAAAGGCUAUUCAUUAAUGAAUUGAAA